AUGUACGGAAUCAAGCUCAACCCCCAGAAAUGUUUGUUCGGCGCCAAGAGCGGGCAUUUCUUGGGAUACAUUAUGAUCGAGCAGGGCAUUGAGGCUAAUCCAAGCAAGGUUAAAGAACUACAAGAUAUGAUACCACCGAGAAACCUAAGGGAGGCGCAACGUCUUACCGGUCGGAUAACAGCUUUAUCAAGGUUCAUUUCGAAGUCUACUAACCGGAGCCUACCGUUUUUCAAGAUCCUGCGUCGAGCCACGAAGUUCCAGUGGGACGAAGAGUGCGAUCGGGCAUUCGAGGAGCUCAAAGCUUAUCUCAACUCCUUACCAGUGCUAGCCAAGCCGAUAGCCGGUGAAGCCCUUAAGAUUUACCUAUCCUCAACCGACCACGCGGUCGGCUCGGCCCUUGUAAGGCCGGACGACGAGGAACAACCUGUAUACUUCUUGAGCCAUAUAUUAAAAGACGUUGAAUCCCGCUACUCCAGUCUCGAGAAACUCGCCUUUGCACUAAUCCUUGUCGCUCGGAGGCUCCGCUCGUAUUUUCUCGUGCACACCAUCAUAGUAAUGACCAAUAGCCCAUUGAGCAGGGUCCUCCUCAAUCCAGAAGCAUCAGGGCGGCUGAUCAAGUGGACCACGGAGCUCAGUGAGUUUGAUAUUCAGUAUCAGCCUCGGACAGCCAUAAAGGCACAAUCUCUAGCUGACUUCAUCACCGAGGUGCAAUACCCCGAGCCCGAAGUCACUUGGAAGGUGUCCGUGGAUGGGUCUUCCGCCCGGCAAGGGAGUGGGGUGGGAAUACUACUGAUCUCCCCCAAAGAAGAACGGAUGCAGUUAUCUGUUCGGCUGGACUACCGAGCAACCAACAAUGAGGCCGAGUACGAGGCUCUCAUAGCCGGGCUGCAAGCCGCUCGGCACAUGGGUGCCAUCAGAGUUUUGAUUCAUUCAGACUCACAGUCAGCCGCCCAGCAGCUCUCCGGAACGUUCGAGAUCAACAACGCUCGGCUCAGGCUCUACGCUGAGGCCUUCGAAAAGUUGAAAGCCAAUUUCAAGGAAGUAGUUAUAAGGAAGGUACCCCGAGCGGAGAAUCAAGUGGCAGACGAGCUGGCGAAACUGGCCAGCUCCAUAUCGCCGAUCGUCAUUCAGCGGCCGAUUGAGCAGGCUACCCUCGUGGCCCAUAUCGAUCGGAUGGAGGGACUCACCUUUCCCAACGAUUGGAGAACGAUGCUAAUAGAGUUUCUGCGAGCAGGAGCUACGCCUUCUGACCAGGAGGAGGCUCACCCGCUAAGAAGGCGAGCGGGCAGAUUCACAUUAAUUGGAGAUCAGUUAUACAAGAAGGCUUUCUCUCGACCGCUUCUCAAGUGCGUCGGACCAGAAGACAUCAACUACAUACUGCAGGAGGUACACCAAGGCUCUUGCGAUGAACAUCCAGGUGGUCGUUCGCUGGCAAGGAAGAUCUUGCUGGCUGGAUACUUUUGGCCAACCCUUCAAGAGGACGCUGCUCGGACCGUGUCCACUUGCCUAUCCUGCCAAAAAUACCACAGUCUCUCACACCGUCCGACGGGGGAAAUGAAGACAUCCUCGGUAUCCUGCCCGUUCGACCAGUAG